GGUGCAAAAGAGGUGGUUGAAGGAGGAGGUAGGUUUCCAGAGACUGUUUCAGAUCUUCGCAAGAUCAAAGGAAUUGGUGAAUACACUGCCGGUGCUAUUGCAUCAAUUGCCUUCAGAAAGGCAGUGCCUGUUGUUGAUGGAAAUGUCGUGAGGGUUAUUUCUAGGCUUAAGACCAUAUCAGCGAAUCCGAAAGACGCAGCGACAGUUAAGAGUUUUUGGAAACUUGCAGGGCAAUUAGUUGAUCCUUGUAGGCCUGGAGAUUUCAACCAAGCUCUUAUGGAACUUGGGGCUACGUUAUGCUCUCUUUCGAAUCCUGGUUGUGCUGCAUGCCCGAUCUCUGCUCAAUGUCAUGUUUUAUCACUCUCUGGGGAGAACGAGUUAGUUCAUGUUACAGAUUACCCAACAAAAGUUGUGAAGGCCAAACAAAGGCAUGAGUUUUCCGCUGUUAGUGUCGUAGAGAUACUGAAUUGCCAGGAAACAAUGGGACCUCAAUCCAGCAGCAAAUAUAUUCUUGUAAAAAGACCAAACAAAGGUCUACUUGCCGGCCUCUGGGAGUUUCCAUCAGUUCUCUUGGAGAAGGAAGCAGACUUGACCUCGAGAAGAAAAGCAGUUGAUAACUAUUUACAGUCAUCAUUCAAUCUAGAUCUUAAAGAGUCCACUCGAAUAGUUUCACGAGAAAAUAUUGGAGAAUGUGUCCACGUCUUCAGUCAUAUACGCCUCAAGAUGUACGUGGAGUUAUUGGUCUUACAUGCAAAAGGAAAUAGAAGCAUCGACUACAAAAAGCAGGGCAAAGAAAGUAUUACAUGGAAGUAUGUUGAUAACGAAAACCUUGGUAACAUGGGAUUAACAUCUGGAGUAAGAAAGGUUUAUACCAUGGUACAGAAACACAAGCAAACUGAACAGAGUACCAUCCCGGGAAGGAGGAGGAAGACAGCAGUAAGAAGAUAGAGAUGGUACUGGCUGAGUGGCUGUGCCAGCAAUACCUUAACUGACUAUGCAGGAAACAUUCAAGGUUCCCGUAGUAACUGGAAAUUUAGCCAUGGAAGACAUUAUUGUGCAGCUGUUUAGUUUUUGUAUCUUAUUGGCAUAUGUUUCCAAGCUCGUCUGCUUUAUUAAGCAGAUGCAUUGGAUUCUGUACUUAGGGAAUUGAAGCGGAUGUGGGAGCAGUGCCAGCUGUUCCAGGAAUCUAAUGGUUGUAAAAUAGUCUGUGCACCCGGGCACAGGCAUAAAUUUUGGAGCGUUAACUCCUUCGUUCCUUUUCCCCGUUUUGGUUGGUUCUCUUCUUUCUGAUGUAAGUAAUGAUAAUCAGACUUGAUUGACGAAGUUUCAUCUUUUAUGAGAUGAUUAUAUCUCCUGCAUUCUUUUUUUAAA